AUGGCUGGGCCAAUUGUAGAGUUCAUUGAGGAAGCAUGCAGCGUUGCACGCUACGAACCAGACCUCGCUUUGAACCUCGAGAUUUGUGAAAUGAUCAACAAGAAGCAGGGAAACGCCCCUCGAGAAGCCGCCACGGCCAUUGUACGCCUGGUCAACAGCCGAAAUUUGAAUCAAUCCAUGCUUGCACUUACGCUGCUGGAUAAUUGUGUCAAAAACUGCGGAUAUCCUUUCCAUUUACAAGUUGCCACGAAGGAAUUCUUGAAUGAGCUCGUACGCAAGUUCCCUGAACGUCCUGCGCCCUUCCCUAACCCUGCCAUUCAACGUAUUCUAUACAUGAUCAAAGAGUGGAAGGUGGCUCUUGCAGAUAUGUCACGACACAAAGACGACUUAAUCCAUAUCAAAGACAUGUAUCGUUUGUUGCGAUUUAAAGGCUAUCGAUUCCCAGAACUCAAAGAUGCUUCAGUUGCGGCAUUGGCACCUUCACAAUCACUCAAAUCAGCAGAAGAACUUGAGGAAGAGGAUCGUGUAGCACAAUCAGCGAAAUUGCAAGAAUUGAUUCGUCGAGGACGACCACAGGAUUUGGUGGAAGCCAAUCAGCUCAUGAAAGUGAUGACAGGCUAUGAUCAACGACAAAAGCCAAACUAUCAGCAGAAAUUUGAGGAGGAGCUGCACAAGAUUCAAGAAAAGGUCAUUUUGCUAUACGAGAUGCUUGAAAACGUCAAACCUGGAGAGCAAAUCAAUCGCAACGAGACCCUAGUUGAACUGAGGAAUUCAAGUGCUGGUGCACAACCCAAGAUCCAAAAGAUGAUCCAAGAAGAGGAGGAUACUGAAAAGAUUGAGAAUUUGCUUACAUUGAACGACAUGAUCAACAAUUCAAUGGCCAAGUUUGCUGAUAUACAAAAGGGAAUUUACGACACGCAAUAUGAGAUCAGCGGUAAACCUCCAAAGCAGACCGAUGAAGCAGAAGCACCUCGUCAGGCUAUCAGUUUGAUCGAUUUGGAUGAUGAACCUUCGACCGGUCAACAAGCCCCUGCAAGCACUACAUCCAAAGGAAACGUCCUUGAUGAGCUCAGCGACAUUUUUGGACAAAGUGCAUCAAUAUCCCCACCUCAGCAACAACAACAACAACAACAACAACCAGCUCAGCAACAAUCGCUCGAUCCGCUUGCCUUCCUAUCCUCGAAUCCACCUGCUACCUCAUCGUCACCAUCACCUUUUGGCUUGCAGGCUUUGCCACCACCUCCUGCAGUUUCGCCAACUCUAUCUUCAUCAUCUUUGGGUACACCAAGUGCCUCUGGAAGCAUUCGUGAGCAACCAUUCAACACGAGCCAAGAGAACGUAGCAGACAAUGCUAGCAGCAACGCGAUUAAACAUGAGCCUAUUGAAUUGACCAAUAAGAAUGGCUUGCAAAUCACUUUGGAUAUUGUGCAACUCGACACCAUUUGGCGAAUGAAGGCUUACUUUUCCAACCAAUCUACAGCACCUAUGGAGAAUAUGAUGUUGCGAUUGGCAGCACCAAGGUCGAUGCAACUGAAGAUGGAAGCUCAAUCCUCGGAUAUGGUACCUCCAAAGUCAACCAAGUCAGUGAUGCAAAACAUUAUCCUGAGUAACCCAAACAAGGAACCUCUACGAUUGCGGUACAAGGUCACUUACCAACAAUUUGGUGUGGAUAUGGAGCAAUCAGGAGAUUAUCACGCCUGA